GUGGGUGGAAAAUUAGGCAAUUCUCUUUAGUGUUUGCCCUGUCUACCUUCUCUGCUCUACCUCACCUAUAUUUUAAUUCAAAAACCACACAAAAGCCCUCCCUUAAAAUUGGAUCAAAGCAAGCAAAUGUUAAACUAAAACGUCGUUAUUCAUGGAGUAACCGGAUCUAAGUAAAACGAGGCAGAGCUUUGCAGUCUCUUUCCACUUCACCCAUUCUCUCUCUAUUUUCUCUCUCCCUUUCUCCCCCUUUCUCUUGCAAACACUCACAUCCUCUUCUGUGAGACCCCUCUGCUAGACUGCAAAGCAUCGUCCGUAGCACCCAAUCAGCAAUCAUAAUGUCCCAGCUUCAGUUCCAGUCUCCUGGCAACCCUAUGCCCAGUUCUGCCCCUUUACAGGUGGCUCCACCCCAACCUGGAUUCAGCAUUCCCUGUCCUACUGGCUCUUUACCCUCAGAGAGUGCCAGUCACCCGUUACGAAGUUCCGCCCUGCCCUCAGCCUCGGUUACACCCUUCUGUAACCCUACAGUAACUAACAUGGCAAACCCUAAAGAGAAGACCCCCAUGUGUUUGGUGAAUGAGUUAGCCCGUUACAAUAAGAUCCAGCCUGAGUACAAGCUACUCAGUGAGCAAGGACCUGCCCACUCCAAGAUAUUCUCAGUGCGGUUAACGCUCGGAGAUCAGCACUGGGAUGCAGAGGGGACCAGCAUAAAGAAAGCUCAGCACUCUGCAGCAGCCUGUGCUCUCUCCCAGACCACACUGCCCAAACCCAGCAACAGAGGCCCUCGUCACCCGGGCAGGAACCCAGGUGGGUUCUACAAGGGCCCUGAAUCAGACAGCAUGACACACACUGUGGAGCUGAAUGCACUUUGUAUGAAGUUGGGGAAGAAGCCAAUCUAUAAACCUAUAGACCCCUACCAAGGGAUGAGACCUACAUUCAACUACAACAUCAGAGCACCGGGCCCUUAUGCACGCUCCAUGCAACAGUAUUAUUACCCCUUUCCUCCUGUGGCACCGGUGCUGUAUCAUAUGGAGCUGUCCAUUGGAGGGCAGCAGUUCCAUGGAAAGGGCCGCACACGCCAGGCUGCCAAACAUGAUGCGGCUGCAAAAGCUAUCAAAUCCUUACAGAAGGAGCCACUGCUUCAGCAGCUGGCUGAGAUGAAAGAAGAAAAUUUAGAAGAAAACCUCAACAAAUCUGAAAUUAGCCAAGUGUUUGAGAUUGCACUGAAGCGAAAUAUGCCUGUGAACUUUGAGGUGCUGAAAGAGGCAGGCCCCCCUCAUAUGAAGAGCUUUGUGGUGAAAGUGACCGUGGGAGAGUUCACAGGAGAAGGGGAUGGCAAGAGCAAGAAGAUUGCAAAGAAGCUGGCUGCCAUGUCUGUGCUGGAGGAGCUGCGAAAGCUGCCGCAGCUGCCCGUAACAGACAAGAUGCCCCCACGCAUCAAAAAGAAAACCAAAUCCAUUAUAAAGCUGCAGACCAGUCCUGAAUAUGGGCAAGGAAUAAAUCCAAUCAGCAGACUGGCUCAGAUCCAGCAGGCUAAGAAAGAGAAGGAACCAGAGUACAGCCUGGUGACUGAGAGAGGAUUGCCCCGACGUAGGGAGUUUGUCAUGCAGGUGUCAGUCUCCGGUCAGGCUGCAGAAGGAAUGGGCCCCAGUAAAAAGGUGGCCAAGAGGAAUGCUGCAGAGAAGAUGCUGGAAAUCUUGGGCUUCAAAGUGCCUCAGCCUCAGCCUCCCAAACCAGCACUUAAAACUGAUGAGAAGCCACCUCUGAAGAAACCUGGAGAUGGACGUAAAGUGACCUUCUUUGAGCCAAGCUCUGUGGAAGAGGGUGGUCUGGCCCCAAAGGAGGAAGACUUCCGGUUGCCCUUCCUCAGCCACCAGCAGCUUCCUGCUGGCAUUCUCCCCAUGGUGCCCGAGGUAGCACAAGCGGUUGGUGCCAGCAAGGGAUCCCAUGCCAAGGACUAUGGCCGCCCCAACCAGGCCAAGGCCUCACUGACGGCCAUGAUCGCCAAUGAGCUGUUGUAUGCUGGCACAUCUUCCACAGCUGAGGGCAUCUUGAAGGGAAGCAAAAACCUGGCACCGAGACCCCAUGGACCCCUCACUAGACCAUCCGAACAACUCAGUUACCUGGCCACUGUACAGGGCCUGCAGGUGGAAUAUAAAGACUUUCCCAAAAACAACAAGAAUGAGUUUGUGUCUCUGAUCAACUGCUCCUCUCAGCCGCCUCUUAUAAGCCAUGGUAUUGGGAAGGACGUGGAGUCCUGCCACGAUAUGGCUGCAUUUAACAUACUCAAGCUGCUUGCAGAGCUGGACCAGCAGUCUAAUGAUCGCCCAGCCAACGGACCAAUCUCUGGGUGUGGCAAACAAGAGUUGGAGGGGGACUCAUUGCUCAAAUCGGCUAACUCAAGCACCAUGGGAAAAAGUUUGGACAGUGCUGUCUAGAAUAUCUGAUUGGUAGUGCCAUUUAGGAAACACUAGAGAAAACACAUAAGCAGAGUUAUUACUGGCUAUUCUAAAGCCUUGUUUAUAACCUUCUGAUGAGGUUACAAAAAUUUCACAGUUAAACAAGAUUGAGAGAUUUGUGCUUUUCCUUGAUGUUGUUUAAUUGUACACAUGGUUGUUUUGCUUCAUCAUAUCCAGUGGUGGUUUUGUUUGUUUCUUUUGGUUGUCAAAAUGCUAAAACGAUAAUGUGAACUAUCACUUGAAUAUAUAGGUUUUUUUUUGUUUGUUUGUUUUUUUGUUAAAAUGGAGGCAUUUUAAAGACAUGCUUUUUUUAAAGAAAAAUAUUAAAUUAUAAGCACACAUAGAGGAUGUGGUUGGAUUAUUGUGCUAGAGUUAUUGUGAUGUGCAGUAUAAAACCCCUUUAGAGGAUAUGAUGAAGCUAAGGCAAGAGCUCUCUGUCAUCUUGGUUUUUCUCCAGUGCUUUUGAGAUGACAACCAUAAAAAGACAAAAUCCUUAUCUUCAUUUUCAUGUAGGACUGGGAAAAUGUUUCGUUAAUCUCAGUGUGACGUGUGGUGGUGUCCUGUGAUGUCUUAUGUGUCAGUGUGUGCGACUGUAUGUCUGUUUGUGAGAAUGUGACACGGUUGUUUGAGCGUGUGAAUGUAUGGUUCAAACCUGGCUCAUACCCCUCUCCUACAGUCAAACUGAGACAUCCCUCCCCUUCAGUGUAAACCCACCCUACUUUCUGGCAGUUGGUUCUCCUUCUCCUCAUGGAAUGUAAGUAAAAUGUGCCACUGUGCUCUAAAAUCA